AUGGUGGAAGCUCAAAAUUUAUCUUUGUUGGAAGUAAAAGAUUUAACAGAGUACUGUUAUCCUGAAUCAAAUGUUUCAUGUGUAAAAAUUUCUCAUAAUGUGGCAACUAAAACUGUCUUUUAUUCAAUAGUGGUGUUUGCAAUAGUCAUUACAAUUGUUGGGAAUGCUGUGGUUAUUAUCUCUAUAGCUCAUUUCAAACAACUUCACACACCUACAAACAUUUUGGUGAUGUCUCUGGCUCUGGUAGAUCUACUUUUGGGACUGACAGUCAUGCCUUUCAGCAUGGUCAGGACUUUGGAUGGCUGCUGGUACUUUGGAGAAGAAUUCUGCUAUUGGCAUUCUAUUUUUGACUUUGUCUUCACUUGUGCAUCAAUCUUUCACCUGAUAUCUAUUGCUACAGAUCGAUAUCAAGCUGUGUGCUAUCCCCUUCAGUACCCUACAAGAAUUACGUUACCUGUUUCAGGUUUUAUGGCAGCUCUGAGUUGGAUUUUGGCUACAGUGUAUGCCUUCAGUACUGUUGGUAUAAAAUCAACUGAAGCAAACUUAGAAGAUUAUAUUGCAUCCAUAGAUUGUUUUGGAAGUUGUCUGUUUUUGAUUAAUGCAGUAUGCGCUUCUAUAAGUACAUGUCUUUUUUUUAUUUUGCCGGUCUGUAUUAUGAUUGGUUUGUAUGUGCAAAUAUUUUUGGUUUCAGAAAAGCAUGCAAAGAAAAUGGAGGGCACCAAAAAAAACAGACCUGAUGUGACCUCAAACAAAAUUUUACAAAUUGUGAAACAUGAGAAAAAAGCUGCAAAAACUCUUGGCAUUGUUGUGGGUACAUUUAAUUUAUGCUGGAUGCCAUAUUUCAUUAUAUCUUUAGUUGACCCUCUUUCAAACUUUACCACGCCAGCAAUCAUAUAUGAUGUAUUUUUCUGGUUGGGUUACACUAAUUCAACAUUUAACCCCAUCAUCUAUGGCCUUUUCUACCCAUGGUUCAGAAAAACACUUCAUUUAAUUGUUACACUAAAGAUUUUUGCUCCUAACUCCUCAGACAUAAAUGUUUAUGCAGCUUAA